AUGUCAUCGUCAAGAUCGUUGAUUCGUCGUCUCGUUCCAAUUUUCACGGCUCGGAUUCGACAGAACCAGAGGCUUUUGAGCUCUUCGUCCGCUGCCGCCCUUACUCAACACCAAUCCUCUUCUGAAUCUACGUCUUUCGAUGAGGUUCAGCUGACCGAUAAUUGCGUCCGGAGAAUGAAAGAGUUGCAAGUGGAUGAAGCAAAGGGAAAAAUGUUGCGAUUGAGUAUAGAAGCCGGUGGAUGUUCUGGGUUCCAGUACACCUUCUUACUCGACGAUAAAAUCAAUGCAGAUGACAGGAUUUUUGAGAGGGAUGGAGUUAAAUUGUUGGUCGAUAAAAUUUCAUUUGACUUUGUGAAAGGUGCUACUAUUGAUUAUGUUGAGGAGCUGAUCCGUUCAGCUUUCCAGGUAGCUGCAAAUCCAAGUGCUGUUGGUGGAUGCAGCUGUAAAAGCUCCUUUAUGGUCAAAUAA